AUGAAGAACGCCCGCCGACCUGAUCCCCAGAGCAUCGUCAACAAGCUACAAUUGGACGGCACUGGGAAUCAGCGUUGCUCUUCUACCCAAUCCUUAACCCCCCCCGACCAUCCAACAAGCGAUUACCUAACCUCUGGCGACCGCCCAGCUGGGAGGUUUGAGCAUAUUAUCUACCGCGGAGGACGGUGCCAGCGAACCUCUCUUCAACACAUCCCCGACCCUGGUGACGACCGUCCCUGCAAUCUCCAUGUGCUCCUGCGUCUGGCAGUACUAUCGAAACUGGUAUCCUGGUCCCUAACCCUGUUCAAAGUAUCCCUGCUGCCUGCUGUCCCGGGCUCUUCUGUUCUGGUUUGUACGUCUUCGGUCAUCGAGGCCAAUGAGGAUCAGUAUCGAGGUCGAUCAGAGCCUAGGAUACCACGCUCCGAUCAUCGCUUCCCUUUCGAGAUGCAGGGUUCCGCCCCCCGGGCUGGACAGGGCACUGACAGCCCCGGGGAGGCCGACAAGCCCUCCCGAGCUGGGCGAUGGAGACGUGCCAUCAAGCGGAAGUUAUCGUUUCUCGUACCACGACGGAUCUUUCGACGGCGACGACGACACGAAAGGAAUAAGGGGCGGGGACAGAACACUGUUGGUCCGGUUAACCAAUUUCUUCAAACCGGGGACCCUAAACCCCCAGACGGCAAUCGCUGCCAGGAUGACGCGCACCACAGACACAAUGAGCAUCAAGAACAACGCCAUGGGACAGACCCAUAUCCCGACCUCAUCGACGCCCCCGACACAGGUAACCUCGAUACCUCCCACGAUACCGACCCUCUCUCCUCAUCCUCACGCAGCGGCACCGCAUCCUUAGCGAUCUUCAGUCCAAACAGCCCGGUAGUCAGUGGCAGUGGAACCGACCAGAAAACUCCCUUCCGACAGCCCGAGCAAUCCUCCCCUCCCCUUCCCCUCGACAACGACGACCGACGCUCCCAAACCUCAACAGUCAGAAGCUCCUCACAAGCAAACCUUACCCUCAUUCCCUCAAACGGAUCAUACAAAUGGUCAGUCUACAUGAUCCGCGAGGACGCCAGCAAAGAAAGCUUUCGAAUGGCGCUGGACACACAAUCGGCCACCAAUCUACUCUGCGUAGAGGCCUGGCGCGAGUUGAGACUGGAGCUGCACCCGUACACGGACAAGAUCAUCCCCCUGCAGUGUGGGGAGGGCGAGCCGAUUCGCAUGAAGCCCAAGGGGAUCGUCAAAAACGUAGCGUGGCAUUUUGCGGGCGGCAAGAGGACCUAUGUAUCGGAUUUCGUCGUCCUGGAUAUGCCGCGUUUUGAUGCUAUCCUCGGGAACGAGGAUAUCAACCGUUGGAGGAUUCUGCAACCGGGGCCCGGGCUUGAGGCAAGGCACGCUGUGGUGAGGGACCUGAGUACGAUGAAUCCGGGCCCGUCGUGA